UAUAUAUCAAUGACUCUCUCAGACGAAGAACGGACAAUGGAGAAAACAGAGAAGCCGCUCACAGACAUCCCAGUAGUCGAAGACGAAGAACCCUCGAAUGGAGACGACGAGGAAGAAGGCGAGGAAGAGCAUGAGGAAGAAGAAGAAGCAGAGACCGAAGAGUCUCGAAUGCGCUCUGACCGAUCGAAAAUGGAGAACCUGUUCCGCCGAAUCUCAACAGAGCGAGUCCCUCUCAGAGUCCACGACGUUAUAAUCAAAGGCAAUACGAAGACUAAGGACUCAUUGAUCGAAGCCGAAGUGGAAGCGCUUAAGAGUGCUAGUACAGUACAAGAGUUACUUCAGGCUGCGAGUAUUGCGAAUGCGAGGCUUCAACGGCUUGAGAUUUUUGAUUCGGUUAAUAUUACGAUUGAUGCGGGGCCGUCGGAAUUGCCUGGGACUGCUAACGUGAUUGUGGAGGUUGUGGAGAGUAAAAACCCUCUUACUGGUGAGAUUGGAAUGUUCACUAAGCCUGAGGCUAGAUCUUGGUCACUUGAAGGAUCGCUCAAGCUGAAAAACUUGUUUGGAUAUGGGGAUAUCUGGGAUGGUUCUUUGGCUUACGGCUGGGAUCAAACAUCAGAGGUUAGUGUUGGUGUGUCUUUACCCAGAUUUAAAGGAUUGGUUACUCCUUUGACGGCUCGAGUGUAUCUGCUUUCUCAAGAUUGGCUGAAGUUUUCUUCUUACAAAGAACAAUCACUGGGACUGUCUCUGGGCACGAUAUUAUCCAAGAACCAUGAUUUGGCAUACAAUCUAUCUUGGCGUACCUUGGCAGAUCCCUCACAAAUGGCAUCAAGAUCAGUAAGGAAGCAGCAUGGACAUGGCCUGCUCUCAUCUUUGAAGUACACCUUUAAGAUUGACGAGCGAAAUAAUCCUCUAAGACCAACUCGAGGAUAUGCUUUUGUUUCCACUUCUCAAAUUGGUGGUCUUUUUCCUGAUUAUCGGAGCUUACGUUUUUUCCGCCAGGAGGUGGAUCUUCGUUAUGCUCUCCCCUUGGGUUUUUAUAAUUCUGCACUGAAUGUUGGGGUCUCUGGUGGUGUUCUUUUUCCAUGGGGAAGUGGAUUUUUGAACAAAUCCUCAUCCAUAGCUGAGAGAUUUUUCUUGGGUGGUAAUUCUUCUCCAGUCUGCACCUUGGGAGGACCAACAUCGGUGUUGGGUUUUAAGACAAGGGGACUGGGCCCUACUGAGCCUCGAAGGGAAGUUAGAUUAGACUCAAAUAAUGAAAAUUCUGACAGUUCUGGAAGGGAUUUUCUUGGAGGAGACCUUGCUGUUACUGCCUUUGCAGACCUUUCUUUUGACCUCCCAUUGAGGGUAUUCAGAGAAGCUGGCAUUCACGGGCAUGCUUUUGCAUGUGCUGGGAACCUUACCAAGUUGACAGAGAAUGCAUUCCGAAAUGUCUCUUUCCAGAAAUUCCUGGAUUCGUUUCGAACUUCUGCUGGAUUUGGGAUCAUUGUACCCACCAAACUAUUCCGCAUGGAGGUUAAUUAUUGCUACAUACUGAAACAACAUGAGCAUGAUCGUGGGAAGACUGGGGUGCAGUUUAGCUUUUCUUCACCAUUAUAAAUCUGGAACUUUUUUUAUUUUCAUGUGAUGUCCAGCAACAUCAAGUUGAUAGUGAAAGCCUUUCACACUAGGUACAUUUCAGAUUUUUUUGGCUCAAGCAUCUCAAUUUAGACGGCUAAGGUUUUUGUUGCAGAUUUUUGAUGGCUUAAGCAUCUCAUGUGAUGUCCAGAUUUUUUAUGCACCAAUACGGUGAAUAAGAUGUUAGCAAAGUUAUCAGUGCAGUUAUGAUCAGCCUUUGAGACAGAUUGUUUGAAGAAAUGUUGUAAUUCUCUUAACGUCCAAAGAGUUUCAAAGGAUUUGUCUCUAUCUCAUUCCUUGAUUUAAGCUUGUG